AUCCAUGUGAAGGAGGACCCUGUAAACAUGCACUUCGUGUAGUACAUCAUUACAUUAAGGCUGUAAGGCUAAAGCAGAAAUUUCAUUAAAAAUUUCCUUUAAAAUAUGAGUCGUUUAGGAGCUGAACUGACCUUAGAACAGGUCGAUGAUUGGUUCAGAAUUGGAAGAGCAGUCCCCAAAGUUCAGACGGUCCCUCGGAGCAAAUCUGGAGGGAGAGAGUUGAAUCAGAACAUGCAACCUAUAGUGAAACCAGCGCGUCCAUAUGUACCGCGGUAUAAAAGACACACAAGAGAAGGCAACCCAUAUCAAACACAAUAUGCCAAACAUUAUCAGGAUGUAGAAAACAGCCAGUUAAUCAGUGGUGGGGUGUGUACUAAAACUGACCAGUCUCUCGGCAGAGAUUCUGAUACUUCACAUCAGCUGGAUUUAGAAGGUAUAAGUGACACCAUGAGUACAGUGAGUUUCUUGCCAGAAGAACCUCCAAAUUCCACUGCUGUGUAUAGAAAUUACAACUUUGAGCACACAUAUGAUAAGAAUCUACCUAUUACACACUAUCAUGAAGAUGUUGUGGAUACCAUUGAAAGCAACAGAGUGACCGUCAUCCAAGGAUCUACAGGUUCGGGCAAAACAACCCAAGUGCCACAGUACAUUCUGGAUCACUAUGCACAAGCUGGGAAGUACUGUAAUAUUGUUGUCACUCAGCCAAGGAGGAUAGCAGCAAUGAGCAUUGCUAGGAGGGUGUGUCAGGAGAGGGGCUGGCGAUUAGGCAGUGUGGUGGGAUAUCAGGUUGCAUUGGACCGUUUUGGCAGUGAUGACACCAGGCUGAUGUAUGUGACAACUGGGGUGCUGCUGCAGAAGCUUAUUAGUGCCAAGAACAUGCGGGAGUUCACACAUGUGGUACUGGAUGAGGUUCAUGAGAGAGAUGAAGAUUCUGACUUUUGCCUUCUGGUUGUGAGGAAACUGUUACGUAGUAACUCUCCACAUGUAAAGGUUGUUUUGAUGUCAGCCACAUUUGAUUCUGAUAUGUUUGCUGGGUACUUUGGCACCCCUGUGCUAGGAAAGGUAGAACCUGCACCUGUUGUGUCAGUGGAAGGAAGAGCCUACACAGUGUCAGAAUAUUAUGUUGAAGAUUUGAAAACUCUUGGUGAGCUGCCUGAGCUAGAACCCAACAAUCCUUGUAUACCCAGUGAGUCGAUGAACCUGUGCAAGAAACUCGUACAGCAGUUUGAUAAUUUAGAAAUACAAGAUCAAGGUAAAACUGUCAAUGGAUUUGCUCCAAAAAGAGGAACGGUGCUGAUAUUUCUGCCAGGUAUGGGAGAGAUAAAAGAUCUGGAAGACCAUUUGAGAGAACUCACAGAAUCACACAGGCUUUGGGUUUUGCCCCUGCAUUCUUCCAUAACUGCAGAAGAGCAAACCAGGGUGUUUGAUCUACCACAGUCUGGGUUCAGAAAGAUAAUUUUGUCCACUAACAUUGCAGAAAGUUCCAUCACAGUGCCUGAUAUUAAAUAUGUGAUAGACUUCUGCCUGACCAAGGUGUUAGUUUGUGAUCCAGAGACCAACUACUCUAGACUUCAGGUAGAGUGGGCUUCCAAGGCAAACUCCAACCAGAGAAGAGGUCGUGCUGGGCGUGUGUCUGAUGGCAGAGUGUACAGGAUGGUCUAUAGGAAGUUCUAUGAGGAGCACAUGCAGGAAUAUGGCAGACCCGAGAUGCAGAGGAGUCCACUAGAUCAGCUUAUAUUACAAGUAAAACUGCUGGAUCUUGGUGAGCCCAAAGCAAUUCUUGGCAUGGCUCUCUCCCCACCAAACCUAGAUGACAUAGAAAGGACCAUUUUAAUGCUGAAAGAAGUUGGUGCCCUGUCAUCACUGUCCAGUGGAGCGGUCAACCCCCAUGAUGGAGAGCUGACCUUCAUAGGGCGGGUUCUGGCUAGUCUGCCAGUGGACAUCAGAAUAGGGAAACUCUUCAUGUUAGGACAUGUGUUUGGAUUGCUAGAACAAUGCAUUAUUAUUGGUGCUGCAAUGUCCCUGAAAAGCUUUUUUGCAAGGCCUUUCAAUGCUGAUCUCAAUGCUUACAAGUCCAGACUUGGCUGGGCAGAUGGAAGUUUUAGUGACAGUAUUGCCUACCUCAAUGCAUACAAAACAUGGGAGUCUAACAAGCAGGAUCCAUAUUCAGGAUUCAAAGGGUUAGUAAGUAGAGAGCAGCAGUGGUGCAAAAGUCAGUUCAUUCAGAUCCGUAGAAUUGCUGAGGUGGCCACACUGGUCAAGGAGUUGACUGACCGUCUGGCCAAAUUCAACAUACGCAUUCCUAGAGGCAGGCACAGGUUGCCACCAAAUCCUGGACAGGAUCUGCUGAUACUCAAGGUGGUGAUUGCUGGUGCAUUUUAUCCAAACUAUUUUAUCAAUGGCGCCAGUGAUGAACAGGAUGCUAUUCGUAGCAUGUCUGGGAAAGAUCCAUGCACCACUGUCAUGGUCAAGAAUCUUCCAGCCAAUCAGGGUGCUUUGUACAAGCAUGCUAUAGAGAACUUGUUUAUGUGUUGUGGAAAGAGACCUAAGGUGCACUUUGAAGAAACCAAGGCUUAUAUAGAGUUUGAGAGAGAUCCCAAUUCUUCACAGACACAGCUUAUAGAGCCACCAGUCUAUGUGGCUUUGAAGUUGAAACAGCUGAAGCCUGUGUGUUUGGAAUUAAAUCUCAUUGAUCCAGAGCAGGCAAGGAUCAGGAUGGAGCAACUACAGAGGAUUCAGGAUGCCAAGCUCCAGACUGAAAAAAGACUAAGAACAAACAGAAUCAAAGCAGCAACUGACCAGGCAAGCUCAGUGAGUGUCAGACAAGUCCCACUACCUAAGGCCUCUCAGACCACCAUUACACUCUGUGUAACAGAGGUAAUAGACUGUGGUCAUUUUUGGGCCCAGUAUGGAGAUGAAGAUACCAGAAGAACCAUGGCACACAUACAGACAGCACUCAACAUGCAUAAUGGGAGAGACUUACAGGAUUUAUCUCCCAAUCAGAUAAAAGUUGGAAUUCAGUGUGUAGCUCCAUUCAUGGAUGUGACAGAAGAGUUUUACAGGGCCACUGUGUGUUCUGUGGUAGACAUACAACUAGUACAGGUGUUUUUUGUGGACUAUGGGAACAAAGCUUUGAUGAGGAAAGACAGGUUAAAGCAGGCUCAUCCACAGCUGGUGGACCACCCAUAUCAGGCAUUUGAGUGCUUUCUCAGUGGCAUCAAACCAUCUGCCAUGAAGUUUCCAGAUGGCAAAUGGCCCAUAGAUAUCAUACAGAAGUAUGGAGAGAGGAUUGCAAAUAAAGUUGUAUAUGCAAAGGUCUACUCCAUCAUAAACAAUGCACUACGUGUGGAGCUAGUAGAGAAACUUCCUGGCAGUGAAAGGUUUAGCAGUUUUAAUGAACUGUUAAUUAACCAUGGGGUGGCUGAUGUGGCAGAGGAGACAUACCAGUCCAGGCAAAAUCAUCAGCAGCGUUUGGAGGAGGCAAUUUGUGACUCUCACAUAGCAAGUGGGAGUCUGGGCACACCAAAAGAUAACUGGCUAGAACUGCCUAUUGAUGAUUAUGACCUCCAGAGAACUGCACACAGAGGAAGGAAGUUCAGACUUCAUGGUCCCUGGAAUCCCUAUGAGAUGUCAUUUUACAACAUGACUAACAUUGGAACACUUCGAGCUGCCAAUAUAGAUAGAAUGAGUGUGAACACCAUUGUGCUGAAUGAGGAGCCCCAGGACACCCAUGCAAGACUUAUGGUAGCUGGCUUUGUACGUAUGAAUGCCACUGGUAGUGCCAUGAUUGCCAAUGACACAACCCUUAUGCCAAACAUCCACGGUCUGCCGGCACUGAUUACACUGCUGUUUGCUCCAACAGCAGAACUGAGAACGGACCGCCUGAAGACCAGGUAUACUGGGGCUCUGUGUGGUUUGGGCUGGGAUGAGGAGACUGGAGGCCCAGCACUGCCAGAUCAUGAUAUAGAGAUUACCUUUGACACUAAGAUUGACAUAGCAGACAUAUGCAAGAUCAAUGGAGUUAAGAUGGCCAUUAACCUGGCAAUAGGCAGCGAAAGCUCCAGCUCGGAUUGGGGGCCUGAUCUGGUCAAUACGAUACAGCACUCAGCAAGAAAGAAACUCAUGAGUUUGCUUGAAAGAAGACGGGUGUCUGUAGAGCCCAAAAACUUUGAAUGGCCUUACAGGUGGAAUAUGGUGAAUGAAGAUGAUCUACUAUAUAAUGCAGUAGACGAUACUGAGGCGAACUGCCCCACAUUACUCAACUUGUUAAAAGGCAUUGCAAUCAGCCAGCCGGAUGAGGAAGAGGACGAUGAUCCAGAGACCAAACAAGAAAAAAUGAGAAAGCAUUUGGAUUGGCUUGAGAGUAAAGCUGGCAAAUCCAUAGCAGAGGAGAAGAUCUUAUGUGAGGUGUGUAAUGUGAUGUGUAACAGUCCCAGGGAUGUAUACAUACAUAUCCAGACCAGAGCACACAGACAGGAAGUCACAACAUGUCUCAUGUAAAGCGAGCUUCACUUUGGCUUAUGUCAUGACCUUGACAUUGAGUCUCAUUAUUUCAAACUUGCCAAGCUUGCAAGAGGCACAAGUUAUGUUGUGGAAAAUUACAAUCGACAGCAUUUGUCAAUUCCCUCUCUAACAUGAUGUCUCUACUCAUUAGAACUUGUCAGUUAUGUUGAAAAACCAGCACAGUAUUGUAGUGCAAAUUAUCCAUUUUAAUAGCACAAACUAUGUUAUCAUGUCUGAAAGCCAAAAAGGAUAUUGACAGUGCAACACGUGACGCAGUAACAAUUGCUUUAAACACUGCUACCUGUGUUUCAUUCACAAACUGUGCAAACUUUCUUAUUUUACUGACUGAAUGUUCGGGCGUUCAGUCCGUUUUUCUCUUUGCAAGAGGCAGAAGAGGAAAUUUGUUUCAAUAUUUGCAGUUCUGAUAUGGCAUUUUCUGUAUUUUUUAUGUAAGCUUUGCUGAAGUCCAGCAAGCUUUCAUCCAGAUCUACCCAAAAACAUGGUGCUCAAGAAUAAUUAUUUAAACUAUAUUUCCAUACUUUAUUUUAUGUAAUAAAAGUUGUUCAGUAU